GCUCCCAGGACAGUGGUCAGUGAAGGGCAUCAUCCAGUCCUCCCUGCAACUGAAGCCGAAGAGAGGAAGAAAAUGGCGAUCGCGCUCCGAUUCGCCGCCACCCCGCGCCGCCUAGCCGCUUCGAUACCGGAAUCCUAUCCUGGCCACGGAGUAGGAGGAGUGGCGCGCGCCGGUGCCCUGUGGGGUACUCGCCGUGGCUGGAGACUGGCAAUGGUGGUGGUCCCCGACUCCACUCGCUGUCGGGCCAAGAGAGGGGGCGACGGCGACGGCGUCCUGGGAGUCGCCGCCGACGGAGGAGAUGCCGCAGUGGGAGGCGGAGAUCAGCUGAGCGUGGUGAUGAAGUUCGGGGGCUCGUCCAUGUCGUCGGCGGCGAGGAUGGAGGAGGUGGCAGGGCUCAUCACCGCCUUCCCCGAGGAGCGCCCCGUCGUCGUUCUCUCCGCCAUGGGGAAGACCACCAAUCUUCUCCUCCUCGCUGGAGAGAAGGCAGUGGGAUGUGGAGUAAUCUACGUUUCUGAAAUCGAAGAGUGGAACAUGAUCAAAGAUCUUCAUAUUAAAACAGUGGAUGAACUGGGACUGCCAAGAUCUGUGAUACACUCUAUGCUGGAUGAACUGGAACAGCUCUUGAAAGGUAUUGCCAUGAUGAAAGAGCUCACGCUUCGCACCACGGACUACCUUGUGUCAUUUGGAGAAUGCAUGUCCACACGGAUCUUUGCUGCUUACUUAAACAAAAUUGGCAUCAAAGCACGGCAGUGCGACGCAUUUGAUAUUGGUUUCAUAACAACAGACGAUUUUGGUAAUGCGGAAAUCUUGGAAGCAACUUAUCCUGCUGUUGCGAAGAGACUACAUGGAGACUGGGUUCGAGAUCCAGCAAUACCUAUUGUUACCGGGUUCCUAGGGAAGGGUUGGAAAUCAGGUGCGGUUACUACUUUAGGCCGAGGUGGCAGUGACUUGACUGCUACAACCAUUGGUAAAGCCUUGGGAUUGAGAGAAAUUCAGGUAUGGAAGGAUGUUGAUGGUGUACUGACUUGUGAUCCAAAUAUCUACCCAAAUGCAAAGACUGUCCCUUACCUAACAUUUGAAGAGGCGUCAGAACUUGCUUAUUUUGGUGCCCAGGUUUUGCAUCCACAAUCAAUGAGACCUGCUAGAGAAGGUGAUAUACCUGUUAGGGUUAAGAAUUCAUACAACCCUAAAGCUCCAGGCACUCUUAUCACAAAACGAAGAGAGAUGGAUAAGGUUGUGCUAACUAGUUUAGUGCUGAAGUCAAAUGUCACUAUGUUGGAUAUAGUGAGCACUCGGAUGCUUGGUCAAUUUGGUUUUCUGGCGAAGGUGUUUUCUAUAUUUGAAGAUCUAGGCAUAUCCGUGGACUGUGUGGCUACUAGUGAAGUCAGCAUUUCUGUAUCGCUUGAUCCAUCAAAGAUCUGGAGCAGGGAACUUAUUCAGCAGGAACUCGACCAUGUGGUCGAAGAGCUGGAGAAAAUCGCAGUGGUCCAUCUACUUCAGCAGAGGGCGAUAAUCUCGCUCAUCGGAAACGUACGACGGUCAUCUCUCAUACUAGAAAAGGCCUUCCAUGUGCUGAGGAAAAGCGGGGUCAACGUCCAGAUGAUCUCACAAGGUGCAUCAAAGGUCAACAUGUCGCUGAUCGUCCACGACAGUGAGGCGAAGCAGUGCAUGAAAGCCCUCCAUCAGGCCUUCUUCGAGGGCGACCAUCCCCUGGUGGUGGAAAUCGAAGAAGAGGACGUGGAGAUUUUGCAACUGAGAGCUGAUCAUCCAGUUUAGGCUUAGUCUGCCUGUGUCUUCAGUCCGACCAUGCUCUGUAAGGUGUACCAUAUCGUCGGCUUUUGCUUAUGUUUGUUUGCAGAAUUGGCGCCUGGCUUUCCUGGCAUGUCCCUCCUUGUUUCCAAAACUUAAUCCAUGCGUUCUGAUUAAGGUUUAAGUUUCGUCAAAAACUUACCUACGUGACAAAAAAAGAGAGGAUAUAACUCAAUAUUGCCUGUGAACACGAGUUCAGCAAGAUGUUUUGUGUGUGUGCCAUACUACAGUACAAACCUGUGUUUUAUUA